UCUUGUCAAUAUAAUAGACAAUCUUUGUGGCAUAGUGCAGAUCAUAACAACAACCAUUCAGCUAGCAGGUUUUAGUUUUUUCUUCAAUUUGAGACAUAACGUUUAUUAGCGACCUGUUAACUACUGAAGUAAUAACAGUACAUAACACAGAUCAUCAUCAUGCCUUCUGCUUGUGACUCCCUGAUCGAUGACAUUGAGGACAUGGUGUCAGCUGACGACCCGACUCCACAGGAGAGGCAGUAUGCCAGGAAGAGCGUCAUCCCCAGAGCCAGGAAGAGAAACACCCAGCAGACUACAGAGGUGUUGCAAGCAGACAGCUUAAUCCCUGGCAUGCAGAAGAUCUGGAUGAGGACAUGGGGCUGCUCCCACAACAACUCAGAUGGGGAAUACAUGGCCGGACAGCUGGCAGCGAGCGGAUACAAGAUGACAGAGGACCCAGCAGAGGCUGAUCUGUGGCUGCUCAACAGCUGCACUGUUAAAAACCCGGCCGAAGAUCACUUCAGAAACUCCAUCAAGAAGGCCCAGGAGCAGGAUAAGAAGGUGGUGGUAGCUGGAUGUGUUCCCCAGGCCCAGCCCAGGAUGGACUACCUUAAAGGACUCAGCAUCAUCGGGGUUCAGCAGAUUGACCGUGUGGUGGAGGUGGUGGACGAGGCUGUGAAAGGUCACUCGGUGCGUCUGCUGGGUCAGAAGAAAGACAAUGGGAAGCGUCUCGGGGGAGCCAGACUGGAUCUGCCCAAGAUUAGAAAGAACCCUCUGAUAGAAAUAAUUUCCAUCAAUACAGGUUGUCUGAAUGCGUGUACGUACUGUAAAACCAAGCAUGCUAGAGGAGACCUGGCCAGCUACCCUAUAGAGGAACUAGUAGAGAGAGCCAGACAGUCCUUCCAAGAGGGUGUGUGUGAGAUCUGGCUGACCAGUGAGGACACCGGGGCAUAUGGGAAGGACAUUGGGACAGACCUGCCCACUCUGCUAUGGAGACUAGUGGAAGAGAUUCCUGAAGGAGCCAUGUUGAGACUGGGCAUGACCAACCCUCCAUACAUCCUGGAGCACCUAGAGGAAAUGUCUAAGAUCCUGAACCAUCCUCGUGUGUAUGCCUUCCUCCAUGUUCCGGUGCAGUCUGCCUCUGACAGUGUCCUGAUGGAUAUGAAGAGGGAGUACUGCGCUGACGACUUCAGGCGCGUCGCUGACUUCCUAAAAGACAAGGUUCCUGGUAUCACCAUCGCAACGGACAUCAUCUGUGGUUUCCCAGGGGAGACGGAUGCUGACUUCCAGGAGACAUGUGACCUGGUGAAGGAGUAUCGCUUCCCCAGCCUCUUCAUCAACCAGUUCUACCCCCGGCCUGGCACCCCCGCCGCCAAGAUGGACCAGGUCCCCGCCCAAGUGAAAAAACAACGAACAAAAGAGCUGUCAGCCCUGUUCCACUCCUAUAACCCCUACCAUCACAAGAUUGGGGAGACCCAGCAGGUGCUUGUGACUGAAGAGUCAUUUGACUCCCAGUACUAUGUGGCUCACAACAAGUAUUAUGAGCAGGUACUGGUGCCCAAGAGGUCAGAGUUCAAGGGGAAGAUGAUUGAGGUGGAGAUCUUCGAGGCAGGGAAACACUUCCUGAAGGGAAGACCGCUGGACGGUUGUAAAGUGUUCACUCCCUCCAUCGCCGAGCCGCUGCAGAAGGGAGAGGUGUCUGGGCUAACUCAGGAGCAGCUGUCCCUCCAGCAGAAUGGAUCCAUAUCCUCCUCAGGCGUGCUGACUGCGUCCUGGAGCCCCUGGAGCUGGGACAGAGAGGGGCUGAAGCUGCUGUCUAUCAGCCUGGCUGUAGUGGCUAUCAUAGUGGUCUUCAUGUGGGAGAAACUCCACUGAGACUGAGGGGCUGGAAAACUUGGACCUGGGCCUGUAUUCAUAAAGCGUCUCGGAGUAGUAGUGCUAAUCUAGGAUCAGGUCCCCCCUGUCCAAUCAUCCUU